AUGAGCGAGGCUGCCGACGCUGCCAUGAUUGAGGCUGCCGACGCCGACGGGCGGCUGUGCGACGACCCGCUGACGGACCGCCCCGUGGACGCGGCAGCGGCGGCAGAGCGAGAGAGAUCGGCGAAGGCGGCCAAGCUUGCUGCGCAGACCGCCAACGCGAUGGUUGCCGUGCAGGGGCAGCUCAAGUUGCGGGGACAGGCAGCGGACAAGGCCGCGCACGACGCCAACGCGGAGGCGGGAGCGCCGGUGAAAGCGUCGUCUAUGAUGGUCGUCGAACGAGUGUUCGCCGCCCGCCUCGACGGUCCGGACAGGUACAUGGUGGCUCGACGAAAGGAGCGAAAGACGGCCGCCGGGGCUGGCACUGCCGUCGAGGUGGUGGCGUGGUUGGAGAAGAUGGCGAACUCCGCCGUCACGAUGGUGCGGAGAGAAGGCGCCGACGGCAUCACGGUGACUGCGGAGCACAAGGCGCUGCUGGAUGACGUGGCGUUGGAGCAGGGUCGCAAGGCGAUCGUGGCGAGGGCGGCGUCAAAUUACCGCCAGCACACCGCGUGGCUGGCGACUUUUGCGACGUUUGUGCAGUGCUUUUACCCGAUAGCGUGCCCCGAUAACGGCGACACAUAG